GCCUAAAGUCGUAGCUUAUGUGGUGUGAACAUCUGAGGUGCUUCUGACUCAGUGUGAAAGCAGGAUGGUUCUUAUUAUUCCUUUUCUCUGCACCUUAUUCUUCGUGUCUUUGGUCACAGAUGUCACAAAUGCAACUACUACUGCUGGAUGCACUACUGGAAAAUAUGAGGAGUGUCAAAAAGCAGAGUUUGUUCCGGGUCAUAAUCUUGGAGGGGAAGGGUUUGACAUUACCACCCUUAGCAGAAAAGGAGCUUAUGUUGUCCGGAUGGGAGCUGCGCUGACUCAAAACAAAACCUGUACCUUAUGCAAGAAUAGGCUGAUGAAUUACCAAUUGCAGAAGUUGCCGCAGACUGUUGUGGAUUGGCAGGUUUUCCCUAAAUGUAUAUCCAAAAUAUCCAGUAAAGUUUUCGAGUCAAGCUUUACCUUUGCUGAAUCAAACAAUGCCCAGAUUGACAAUGACUGGCGUGUAGGACUCGGGGCCAUGCCCAAACCUGGGGUUGAAAUAGGUGUGGUUUUGAGUGGAUCGCAUUCUAAGUUGAAUGAGUUUGCAAUGAAUCAUGCUAGUCGGGACAAGUACAGUUACAUAACCCAAGAAGUGGGAUGCAAAGUGUACAGGUAUAGAAUAAGGGACAAACCAGAACUUAAGGAACAGUUUCAUGAGAUGCUGAAAUCACUCCCUACUACUUACACUGCUCAGACAAAGUCCCAGUACCGUGAGCUGAUUGACAUUUAUGGGACUCACUACAUUCGUAAAGUAGAGUUGGGCGGAAGAGUGAAAGAUGUCACUGCUGUCAAAACUUGUGAAGUUGCGCUUGAUGGUAUGACAAAUGAUGAGGUGAAGGACUGCCUGGGAGUUGAAGCACAUGCAGUCUAUGGUCCUGUCAAAGCAUCAGCCAAAUACAACAAGUGUAAUCAGCUCAAGAGGAAAAACUUAGAUUCUGUAAAUUUUUCAGAGAAAUAUAGUGAAAGAAUAUCUGACAUCAUAGGAGGGAAUAUCUUUGAAACUGCUGAUUUACUGUUUCUAUCUCCAAAUGACAAGUCUGCCUUUCAAACAUGGCUUCCUUCUCUGCCGGAGCACCCCGGUAUUAUACAUUAUUCUCUUUCUCCUCUUAGCAAGCUUGUAUACUUUGAUGAAACAAUCAAAAACAACCUGGCAAAAGCCAUCACUGAAUAUAUUACAGAGAAAGCCAUUGUAAAAAGGUGCCCCCCUUGCAUGAAGGGAUCAUACUCUAGCUCAGUAGAUAAGUGUAGCUGUACGUGUCAUGGCAAUGCUGAAGUAUCUGUAACAUGUUGCCCUAAAAACAAGGGUACUGCAGAGUUCAAAAUGGUGAUUGAAAGAGCAUUUAACCUAUAUGGGGAUGUAGGGGGAUAUACUGAUGGUUUUGUAGUAGUUACCUUUGGUUCAAAGGAAGCAAGAACCCCAAACAUAGACAAUAAUAAUAAUCCUCAGUGGUAUUAUACAGUUGAUUUUGGCCAUGUCAACCUACAAUUGGGAAAAAGGGUUAAGAUCGCUGUCUAUGAUACUGAUCCAUAUGAAGAUGACCUUCUCGGUGAAUGUAUCAUACCUGUGUUAAAUACAGAAAAGUCUGAGAAACAUACAUGCUAUCUUAAUCAUGGGAGAAUUGAAUUUACGAUAUAUGUAAGAUGUGUCCCAUAUUUGAGAGGGAGUCAUUGUUCACAGUAUGCACCUCCUUCAAGAAUAUCUGAGUUAGAAAAUCAACUAAAUGCCAGUCUUCUCCACCCAAGUAUAAACUAAAUGCUUCCAGGGAACACUGUGCUUGUCCCAAAGCCUUUCACCUGCUGCACCCAUUAAAAAACUGUCAUUUUAUAACUCAAAGGAAAAAAUAUUGUUUUCUCAAAAGACAUACUACCUAAUUCAAUAUCUGAGAUAGAAACAUAGACGUGUAGACAUUGAUAGCAGAAGGAAGUCUGUGGUACACACCCUGUACAUUUUUAGUGCCUAAGACUAGUUGGCUGUCCCAGCAAUUAACUGCUUUCUUCUUGUUACACAGACUUCUAAUUGUGACUUACUCUUAUACCACCUGCUCGAGACUUGUAUCAGUUCUAGUUUUCUCAUUUAAGUGACUCUACUGCUAGAUUCUUCUGUGGUUCCACCGCUCUUUCAGUGAAGUAUUGCUUCUUCUCAUAAGCAUAGUCAGACAUAUGCCAUGUGUACCACAACAUGUAUUUUUAAAGCUAAUUUAUUUUUUCCUUAUUUUCUGCACACACUUCACAUGCAUUUCUGUUGAACAUUAAGCCUUUGCAAUCAGUCUUCAACCAUUUUUUUCCUGCAUUUGGUGUCCUUAAUAUGGAGGUGAGAGCCAGCUGGAGGAGGCCUUUAUCCAAGCAGCAGCAGAGGUUGUUUAUAUCCUCCAUUACAUUGCAGCAAUAAGAUCAUUUAUAUAGAGACACUACCCUUGCCCUGAAGCUCCAAGUCACUUUGGCCUUCAAUGUGAGAAAAAAAGUCUUUUAAACUAAAUCAGUAAAACAUAAUUUUUUGCUUUAUUUGUUUUCUUUAAAUCAUUUUUUUCACAUUUAAACUGUCCCAUCAUAACAGUAAAUGCCACAAAUGUUAUACUGCAGAUAAACUACAAUGAAAUAGUAGCACUGCAUGUAGCCUGCUUUGACAGAUAAAUGUGGCAGCCUCAGUGAUGCACUGCAUGUAGCCUGCUUUGAUGGCUAGAUGUGGCAGCCUCAGUGAUGCACUGUAUGUAGCCUGCCUUUGAUGGAUAGAUGUGGCAGCCUCAGUGAUGCACUGUAUGUAGCCUGCCUUUGAUGGAUAGAUGUGGCAGCCUCAGUGAUGCACUGUAUGUAGUCUGCCUUUGAUGGAUAGAUGUGGCAGCCUCAGUGAUGCACUGUAUGUAGCCUGCCUUUGAUGGAUAGAUGUGGCAGCCUCAGGGAUGCACUGUAUGUAGCCUGCCUUUGAUGGAUAGAUGUGGCAGCCUCAGUAAUGCACUGUAUGUUCAUAGGUUCAUAGGUUCAUGGGUGUGUAUUAAGCUAAUGGCCCUG